AUGUCUUCCGACCCGAACGGCAACACCAACUGCAGCAACCUCACGGACUGCUAUAACUGCAAGAACAGCAGCAACUGUAGGCCUCCUCACCUUCUGCCCCCGCGCCGCCCAAACGCGACACUGAUCCAGGACCUGCUGACUGACUUUCUCUCCCUCCCGCCAGGCGUUGGAUGCAACCGACUGAACAACUGCAGCAACAUGAACAACAGCGACGACUGUACCGACUCCAGCAACUGCACUGACUGCACUGACCUCGUCAACUGCUCCAACUGCAGCGACUGCUCUGGCCUGACCGACUCCAGCAACCAGCAUGGUGUCCACAAGAACGAGGCCGAGCUGUGA